GGUACACUUUUUGAUGGCCGGAUCUUUCCUCAUUAAUCAUAAGAAGCUCGACCAUGAUGGUGGGAGUCAAGCUGAAGCUCCCACGUUUGAAAUGGACUUUUCUAAAGAUAAAUUAACGUUUCACAAGGCAUCCGUGGAUAUCAGAUCGUCCGAGUCCUGUAAACAGAAAUAUGACAACCUGAAUGAGUUAGACAUCUGUUCACCUGUAUUUAACCACAGACGUGUUGUGACUCUGUUUAUGUCACAAACAGGGAGACAGGUGUGUGAUGUUCUCCUCGACCAAACUGUCCUUCCUGGGGUCGGAAACAUUAUCAAGAAUGAG